AUGGACGAGAAGCGAAAACAUCACAAGAAAAAAAAAGUAGGGAAAAAGGCAAAGAAGAAAAAAAUAAGCAAAGGUGGUGGUGGGGGCGCGAAUCAUUUUGGGAAAAGUAGUGUAUCGAAAAGAUUCCACAAAGCCUUUGCCUUCAGUGGAGGAAUCAGAAGUGCCCAUCGGAGGAAACAACAUCAAUUUGAAUUGGAAGAAAAGAAGUUAAGGGCUCCCAAGCAUUUUAAAGAAUGUAAUAAGAAUGGCCCCUUAAUUGUAGCAAUACAAGGAGCGAAAGGAGUGGGUAAAACUACUUUAUUGAAAAGCGUAAUUAAGCAUUAUGUAGGAAUAACGAUUAAUGAGGAUGUACAGGGUCCAAUUUCUAUCAUAACCAAAACAUUAAAGAGAUACACAUUUAUAGAAGUGAAUGAAGAUAUUUUAAACAUGAUAGAUAUUGCAAAGGUUGCAGAUUUAUGUUUACUGGUAAUUGAUGGGAGCUAUGGAUUAGAAUUGGAAACGUUGGAAUUUGUUAGUAUUUUAAAUACCCACGGUAUGCCAAAAGUGAUAGGCGUAGUUACCCAUUUAGACAAAUUUAAAGAUAGUAAGAGCAUUCGAAAAAGGAAAAAAAAAUUAAAUAAAAGAUUCACUGAAGAAAUGGUUGAAGGAGCUAAAAUUUUUUUUUUCAGUGGUAUACAAAAUAGUAGAUACAACAAGACUGAGGUCAGAAAUUUAUGCAAAUUUAUUUCUGUUAUUAAGAAGCCUCACAUAUCGUGGAGGGAUAAUCAUGGCUACAUCUUGGGAUUGCGGCUGGAUGUGGAUGAGUUGGAAAUUGAUGGAGCUAUUCAAAACAGGAAAGAAUGGACUAGCCAUAAUAGCAGUGGGGACACGAAGGAAUGGACUAGCCAUAAUAGCAGUGGGGAUACGAAGGAAUGGACUAGCCAUAAUAGCAGUGGGGAUACGAAGGAAUGGACUAGCCAUAAUAGCAGUGGGGAUACGAAGGAAUGGAUGCAUGGGGGGGAGGGUAGCAUGACCGGUCUCGCUCGCACAAAUGAGGAAGGCAACAUGAGUAGAGAGGACGAGGAAUCAGAAAAACAACUGAGUACAUUCCUCAGCACCUGUAACGAAUACGUGUGUGUGCAUAUAGAAGGAUUUGUUUACGGGUCCAAGAUUUUCAAAAAUCAAAUGGUUCACAUCCCAAAUAUAGGAGAUGUGCAAAUAAAGAAUAUACACAUUCUUCAGGAUCCUUUUAAAACUGAUGAACAGAAGAAGAAUCCAAAUGUUUAUGCACCCAUGGCUGACAUAGGAAACGUUGCCUUCGAUUUUGAUAACAUGUAUAUUCAUAUUCCAAAGAGUAAGGUGAAUUUCACGAGGAAAGAGAUGCUCCUGGAUGGGUUCAAGUCGGAGGAGAGGAGGAGGAGAAAGGGCACCGAAGAUAGAAGUAAUCCAGAUGGAGAAGAAGAUGGCGAAGAAGAUGGCGAAGAAGAUGGCGAAGAAGAUGGCGAAGAAGAUGGCGAAGAAGAUGGCGAAGAAGAUGGCGAAGAAGAUGACAAAGAAGAUGACAAAGAAGAUGGCGAAGAAGAUGAAAAGUACAUGACGGAAGGAAUACGAAUGAUAAGAGCUCUUCAGAAUUCCAAAUACGCCUUUUGCAAAAACAUUGAAAAGGACACUAAGCCAAUUCUGUUUGAUGUUCAAAAUGAAAGUAAUCAGAGGAGGAAAGUUCCCUCCAAUGUGUUUAUCAGUGAGAGGCAGAAGAAAAAGAAGAAUGCAAAGAACUAUGUCAACGAGAAAGUCGAAGAAUACAAGGAGUUGGAACCCAUUCUCUUUGACAAGAGGGAGGGAAAGAAGGGAGGCAUAGGUGAGGAGGACUAUCACUAUGUCGAUGGGAUUAGCCUUUCUGCCACUGAGUGGAGCGGUGAGGAGGGAGAAGUAGUGAGGGUGGAAGAUAGUGACUCAGAUCGGGAUGAAGUGAAUGGGGAAGAGAGUGAUUCAGAUCGGGGUGAGUUGAGUGGGGAAGAGAGUGAUUCAGAUAGGGAUGAAGUGAAUGGGGAAGAUAGUGAUUCAGAUAGGGAUGAAGUGAAUGGUGAAGAGAAUGAUUCAGGUCGGGAUGAAGUGAGUGGGGAAGAGAGUGAUUCAGAUCGGGAUGAAAAAAAUGGAGAAAUGAGUCAGAAUAGUAUUCACAGAUGCAAAGAACGUGGGAUAAAGCAGAGUGAGGCGGAAAACAGAAUGUUGCAUAUUGGCCGGUUCAUCGAACCUGGGAAGAAGGAAACGGAGGAACAGUCACUUGGUAGACACAUUGUGGAGGAGAAGCACUCACUGACGAACCACACUUUAGCGGAGACCCUAUCAUUUGACAACAAAGUAAGCUUAGACACAUUCCUAUACGAUCGUCGCUACAUCAACAGAAAGAAUAGCCACUUAUAUUGCAAGGGGGAAAUUAUGGUGAUUAUAAAAAGGGAGAAGGAGAAGUUAAGACGUACAGUUGUGGUAAACAGAGCUGAGGAGAAGAAGAAGGAGGAGGAGGAACAACUAAGCUAUGACUCCUACAUUCAAGAUCUUCUAAGCAUUGACAUAGUGAACACAGAGAAAGAAAAACAAAUUUACAGUUACAUGAACGAAGAUAACUACUAUCUAGAUGAGGUAGAUUCAUUCAAAUGUGUAAAUGAUGAAGUUUUUAUUUUUAACAAUUUUUCAGUAUCCUUGUCUGACACGCGGGAUAACGCACUCGUGGGAAAUUUCUCUUCACGGUAUGGAAGUUUAUAUGAGCCAUAUUUUGAAUCUCAUUCUGGAUCUCAUUUAGAUAUACAUACCGAUGACCAUCUGUCCAUCGAUAAUGAAAAAGAUGCACAGAGUGACACGAACCGAGGUUUUGAUUCGAACAUCUCACCAGUGGAACAUACAGAGGAUGAUAAAGAAAAUGAAGGACAACAAAAUGGUGAUGUGGUUCAAAAUGGUUUGUUGAAAAAGAGGGGGAAAGCUGCACUAACAGAAGAAAGAAUAAACAACUUAAAAAGAAUAAAAGCAGAAAAAGAAGAAGAGAAAAAAAGGUUCCUUGAAACGGAAGAAAUCGGAGCAUUGAAUGUAAACACAUAUGGGUCAUCUGUGAACAUAGGUGAAUAUGUAAAACUGGAAAUAGAAAUUGAGAGAAAAAAAUUAACAGUAUUAAAAAAUUGUACAAUUAUUUGUGGAGGAUUACAAAGUUAUGAAGAAAAAGAUUCUUUUAUUCAUUGUCGUGUAAAAAAACAUAGAUGGUAUCCGAAAGUGUUAAGGUCAAAUGAUCCACUAAUUUUUUCAAUAGGUUGGAGGAGGUAUGAAAGUAUUCCAAUUUAUUCAAUAAACGAAAGAAAUAAUGUUAGAAUAAGAUAUUUAAAAUAUACCACAGAACAUAUGCACUGUAAUUGUACAUUUUAUGGUCCUGUAGUAGGUCCCAAUAAUGGAAUACUAGCCUUGUAUAAUUAUAAAAAAGUACCGUUUUACCGCAUAUGUAUAAAUGGUGUAACUUUAGAAACAAACAACAAUAUCCAUAUUAUGAAAAAAUUAAAAUUAAUUGGAGAACCAUAUAAAAUAUUUAAAAAUACAGCAUUUGUAAAAAAUAUGUUCAAUUCUGAUUUAGAAGUAUGUAAAUUUAUCAACUGCCCAGUCAUAACUCCCAGUGGUAUUAAAGGUUUAAUUAAAAAUAAAAUAGAUGAAAAUGGAAAUUUUCGAUGUACUUUUGCAGACAAAAUUCGAAUGAGUGAUAUUGUUAUCUUAAAAUUAUAUGUUAAUGUGAAAAUAAAAAAAUUCUUUAAUUAUGAUAUUGAAAAUAAAUUAAAAUCCAUAAAUGAGUUAAGAUAUAUAUAUAACAUUUACGUAAAUCAUAAAAAUAAUUACAGGGCUGUUCCCUUUCGACAUUUUUAUCAUUCAAAAAUUCAUAUCAAUUCAAAAUUGUUGAAAGAACUACCAUAUAAAUCUAAACCGAAAUUAUUUAAAAAAACAGAAGACACUAAUCAGAUCAAAAAGAAACAACAACAGAAGGACGAUCAAAUUAAUUUCAAAUCUCUUGAAAAUCCAAAGUUAGCUGCUCGAUGGUACCAAAUGUUGCACACAAUUAAGAAAAAUAUCAUAGACAAGAAAAAAGAAAAAGCAAAAGUGUCAUAUCAUCUCAAGUUGAAAAAAAAUAUCAUGGUUGAGGAGGCCAAGCAGAAAGUACUAAAGCAGAGGAAGAAGUUGUCUUACCGCAAGGGACGGGGGUGA